AUGCCGUAUGCACCAGGCACCGAGGCUUCCAUUGUCCGCAUCGCAGGUGCUGGAUUUCGACUCUCCCUGCUCCUCAACGCGGCCGCCUGUCAGCUUGCACAGUCCCGCAUCGAUAUCCACAGCAUCGCAAAGGGAAUCUCGCUCUUUGCGCUGACCCUCAAGCAUGUGGGACAGACGCUGGAGGCCACGGAUCUGGAUCGGUCCCCCGAGGCCACCGAGAAGGCUUGGGAGAUCGCCGGCCAGGGCCAGAUGGUUUUUAUCGAAAUCGAACAUAUGCUGGACAAACUGAAAGGAACCGACGCGAAUGACGACCUCCAGAAGAUUCCAGUCCAAGAGCGUCUCAGAUGGUGCUUUCCGAAACAGCACGUCACCUAUCUGUUGGCCCAGCUGGAGUCUCUGAAACUUAGUCUCAUAGUGGUGCUCCGAGUCUUGCAGCUGGGCAGUCUGAUCAAGUCCAGCGCGGACAACCCUCCCUCAUCUCUGACCGUGGACGAUGCGAUUGCCCAGGAAAAGGCAGAAACACAAAACAUGAUCAUCGUGCGGUACUGGUCGGUCAAACGUCUGGAUCGUUUGUGGGAUAUGGUGGAACAGGAGGCGAUGGAGGCCGCCAACGACGAGACCAACCAGAUGAUCAGCUCCAAUUAUUCGGCACCGAACACCGCCGCGGCGUUGAAGCCGCUGGUCGCCGCGACGAAAGGUUCUGAACUGACCCGCCUCCCCGCGGUGACCUUUGGGAAUAGCGACGUGGGACUGAGUGACAUUGAACGAUCGCCCAAGGACAUGGUUCACUUGUCCGAGAGCGCGAUGAACCAACUGCUGUCGGUCUGGGUGCCUUCACUGGACUCUACUUUACUGCGGGAUGCCGGCAAGCCGGCCUGCAGGGAUGGAAAUUCUGGCCAGCCUCGGGUCUAUGUCUCAUCUGACAGCGAGAAUGACUCGAAAGACCUCGAUUUCGACGGCCCUGAAGUGCGAGGAUACUAUCUGGAAGGCAAAACAGUGGACUGGCGCCAGCCGCAAUCCCAAGAAGCUCGUCAUCAUGCAGCCCAGAUGCGCAGGCGGUAUUCCAGCUACCAGGCCCAGGUCGAAAGUGAUUCGGACGACGACAACGCACGGCUACGAACCAACGCUCGAAACAAUAAGACAGCAAGUGGCUCCAGCGACGAGAACGAACAGAGAGCUGCUGAACCGCAUCGACCCUCGCUCAGUGUCCCCACGAACGGCGGUAGUCGCGCCCACUCCAGCAGCAUGCCAUCCAGAUAUUCUCCCACAUCGACGACCAGACAACCAGCCCCAUACUCAAGCAACAGCUUCUUGCAACCGACCACGGUUCCCCACCAGCCGCCUCCCCAGUACUCCCCGGGACCUCCUCCUCUCCAGCAACCAUACAGACACUACCCGAACCAAGACUAUUCCAACACCCCACGCUCCAUCCCCAUAACACAGCCCAACCAAUACAACCAACCACCACCCCCAGCCACAAUGCCCAAUACCUCACCACGAGGCACACCCCCUGGACCAGGCGAGCAGCCCUGGGGCCGACAACCAGUCUACAACAGCAACAACCCCCACCAACCCCGCCACUACGCCUCCGCAUACCCGCUCUCGACCUCAUCCCCCGAGUCAGGCUGGGCAGGACCCCCUCGUCCACCGCAGCCGUCUCCCUCGCAUUCCCACCGUCGAACAACGCGUGACGACACCAAAGAGACCAGAGAGCGCGAGCGCGAGCGGCACAAGAAUCUGACGCGCAAUGCUACGAGGGGGUUGGCUGGUGUCGGUGCGAUUGCGGGCUUUAUGGAUGCGUUGGAAGCAUUUGAUAUUCUGUGA